AUGAAAGAAUUGGAAGAUCAAAUUAAUGCACUUCUAGAUAAAAUUGUACACCAACAAAUGAUACUCAAAAGUGAAUUUAUUCAAUUGAUGAAAUUGAUUAGUAAUGGGUAUAACAUCCAUGAUACCGAACGCCCAAGUUAUGGGAGGUACAUUUUUCAACUCCAAAACAAUCUCCAUGCAUUAAUGAAUUCACAAUUACCAACAGAAAUAAAACAAGUAAUGAAAAAGAAUUUUCUUUUGAAAAUGGAUUAUUUCAGACUUAAAUUGGGGUGUAUGAUACAUCUUGCUAAAUUUUUAAAUUAUGACCGAGACGGACUGUUUUUAAAAAUGCAAACACAGUUGUACAAUGUUGUUGCAAAUAUUGGUAUAAUUGAAGACCCAUCAAGUAAAAGAAUCGAACAACUCAAGUAUUUCUUAAUUCCAAAAACAACGUUACCAAUACCUCCUCCCAUCCCCAAACAACCAACAGUUAAACCAAUGUUAAGUAAAACGAUCAAAGAGCUAUUAGAACAACCAGUAGUGAUGCCGCCAGAGUUGCAAAGCAUAUCACAAAUGCAAUCAACACAACCAACAACAAAACAACAAACUCAACAACAAAAAUCACCAAGUGAAGACUCAAGUGGUGUUCCAAUGCAUCACGGAGCUGGUCCACAAAGAAUAAAGGCAAGAAGAAUCCCAGUUAGGACAAUUCCAAGAAAUCCGCCAAUACGACCACCUGUUAUUAUUCGACAAACGCCAAUUCCACAACAACGUGAUGUUAUUGUUAUUGGGACUGAAAAUGAUGAUGGUGAACAAGCUGGACCAUCAGGUUAUAAUACCUAUUUCCCAAAAAUACAACCUGAAGAAAAAGUACAGUCCUCUGCAAAAGCAACAACAAAACAAACAACUACAACAAUAACCCCUCAACAAAACAGGCCGUCUGUUAUUGUCUCAAAAAAGGGAAAACAUCCCCUUCAUAGUUCAAGACCCACUGUUAUAAAAAAGAGAAAAAUUGAUGAAUCAGAAACCACUGAAAGAACAAUGGGAAAAUCUGAAAUUCCAAACAUUGGAAUAGAAGAAUCCGAUUCAAAAGAUGUAAUUGUUAUUGACGAUUAA